GCUGCCUUUGGCCUGCUGGCGGUGUGCCUAUACCCGGGUGCGCAAUUUGCGAUGAAAGGUGGAAAAGGCAAAAUCCGAGGGUGGGCUGAGAAUGAAGCGGCUAUCCUGAAGGAUGUUCCAGCUGCAGCACCUUUGGUUGUUCAGGAAAGCCGGAAUGAGCCAGAAUCCCUCUAUCAAGAACCCCCAGCUGAUGAUGCUGUUGAUAUGGUGAGCCGUGGUCUGUGGGAAUUCCCAGAGGACUUGGAGUGUGACAGUGCAGAGGACGGUUUGUUUUAA